GUAACAACGAAGAUGGCGGCGGAGCGUUGAUCAGCUGUGCAAGGGUGGUUGCGUGUGUGUCCGUUUUACUUUCGUGAUCCGUGUGUUGUCAAAGUCGCCGUGCUUGCCAGCGCUGCAUUUCAAAACGAUGACUGUUCACGCCGAGUAAGACAGAAGCUAUGGUAGACGAAACUGCAGCGGAUACGUCUCGCCUGGCCAAAUGUGGCGACGAUCUCGGCUACAGCGAAGAGACGCUCGGCUCCGCGGCCAAUUUGUUGACAGAGUUCACGAGUCACGUGUAUCUCGGUCAGUGGGAAUGUGCUCGAGCUUGUGCGCUGACCGUUCUGCGGGCACCGUUCACGUCUCACGAGCAAAAAUGGUUUGUGAAGGAGUACAUUCGCGGAGUAUCGGCGCUACCUGCAACCUUCAGCGCAUGUGCCAAUCCCCUCCUGCAAUCACCAAACCACCUCAGCUGGCUUGCUGCCAAAUUCUUAGAGGAUUAUUGCGAUGAGCAAAAACCAUCAAUCUUGGCUCACGAUGCGGAGCUAAGGGUCCUUCUCUGCACUAUUGGUGGAGAACUUCCUGAUGCCUGCAGACAGGAGUUGUACGAAGCCUACUGUGCAACAGCACCAACGUCUGACCAUGAAACAAGCAGUCUCCUCUCAUCGAACUGCCUUUUGUCACUAAAAGGCCUGUUCCUCAAAGACCCCCCGAGGGCCAUUCUUUUGGCUGAACACAUUUCCCAGCACCUGGGAGAAGCGAGUGGCAUCACACAGCAGCUGUGGAAAGUGCACUUGGAUGCCCUACGCAGCUGUCUGGGACAGGUGCAGGAGGCUCUCUGUGCAUACGAGGAAGUUCACGACAGGCAGAGGUGUCUACUUCUGAAGCUCUUGGUGACACUUCCGGAUCCAUUGGUAGCACACUGUGUGGGUAACCCUGAGUGGGCCAGUGGCUUAUUGGAUACUAUCAUUGGUGAUUUGCUCAAUCUGAUCGAUGGAGGUCUUCUUGGCAAACUCUCUGUGUUUGAGGCGGUCGUUUGCCGAAAGUCACCACUCCUGUCCAAACUUUUUGCUCAACGGGAGAAUGAGAGGCACGGACGUCUUGCUGCUCCCAGAAGUCCCAUGUCGCUGGCUGUGUCCGAAGAGUCGGGCCAGCUGGAUCUGCAGGAGGCAUUCCUCAAGUCAUUCGUUAGGGAGGAGCAUUUCCUGGAAGCCAUACUUAACGCUGCUGUCAAAAAGUUGCACAAUGGAGAAUCAGAAGUCGCACUCCGUCUCUUUGCACAUCCCGCUCUGCGAGACUUCUACAUCAUUGCCUUAUUUCGUGCCUGGAAUGAAGUUGUGUCUGACAACGAUGCAAGUUGUGUAUUGCAAGCAUUGGAUGAUACCAAGGCCGUAACGUGGAGCAGCCAGGAGACACACAACUUCCUCAUGGAAAUGCGCUAUCGCCUGUUCGUGACAGAAUGGAUCGUUUCUCUACAGAGGAAAAGAAAGACUUCGCUGGCAUCUAUGGCUGACGUCAAAGCCAGGCGCCGCACCAUCUUUGGAAUGCUUCAGCACCAGUCUGUGCUGCGAGUGCUUCACAAGACUCUGGGUCUUGGUGAAUUGGACCGAAGUUACGCGUUUCGCCUCUUGAGUGGGCAGUGCCUUGUUGCCAACGAGCGCACAGGAAGCAUGUACCACUCCAGCCCUGCUCGUAGCAGAGACUGUGCCCUCUACCGAGGAUAUCUGGCCAUGCAGCAUGCCAUGAAUGCGAUGCAUUCAGCCAUCGUGCUGCACCACUUGGGGUGCAGUGUCUCCAAGCUUCGGGAACAAGAGCAACUGCAAGAGGAGCUUCCAGAUGACCUGGUCUUGAGACAAGGCGAUUCUCUUGCUGACGCUGUUGCCAUGUAUGGAUUCGGGCCAGUAAGUCACACCUUUUCAAGUUUUUCUAGCAGACGUGCUCCAUUUUGCUUAGACUUGUUGUUUAUGAUGAGUCUUUCUCAUUCGACCACUCUUUCUCUUGGCAUCCUCGACAAAUUGCACUUGUGCGCACCGGGGCACCCUGGGGCAAUGAUGAUCGGAUGUGUGGGAGGCGGCACAAAGAGAUAGCCACCGCAGCCCCGGUUAAUUUAAG